UGUAAGGAGCUUUGCUAAGUCAUGCUGUCGACAUCAGUAUACAAAAAAACACUAUUCACUACGCUGUUAUAAUUAACGGAACCGUUUAUUAUAUAAUAAUUCUCGACUGAAUUAAAAUGGUGAACAUAGAAAGCGUUGGUACAGUGGUCAUCAAGGUUGUUAAACUGGUGUUAAACAUCAUAAUACUAGUGAUGUAUAGGACGGGUUAUCGAGGACAGUUUUUGGGAGUGGGUGGUACUUGGAACCUAAAUGAAGAAAAAAAUCCCGAUGCGGAAAUUGUGGCUUCUGGAGUAUUCGUUGGAUUUUUCAUAUACACUUUGGUUAUAUUAAUAUCUUAUGGAUUUGGUUCCAAUCACCAGAAGAAGACAUUGGUGGAUAUCAUUAUGAACUUUGCGGGUAUGCUCUUAUAUAUCGCUGUUGGAGGAAUAGCACUUCAUUAUUGGAUAGGAUAUCAAAACGAGAACAAAUACAUUGGUGUCACUUCAGAGAAAGCCGUCGGUAUCACUUUAGGUUCGUUAUGUGUACUUUCGGGAGCUAUUUACUUAGGAGACACAGUUUUGUCGUUCAUUCACUUUGCACGAGAAAUGUAUUUCGAAUAGAUUAAAUACUUAUGUAAUAUUAAAAAAAAAAUUACUCCCUAAAAAUUUUUAAAAUAGAUUUAAUUAUUUUAAGAUGUACUAUGAAUAAACAAUACUGAAGAUUUGUGUUUACACUUAGUUAUCAUUAGUUUAAGUACCGCACAUGUUGAUUGUAUUUAUCUUUCUCAUCGUCCAUUCCAUCCAUAUAAA